UCACAUUUAUACAUCCGGUGAAAGAUGUUGUUCAUUGUGGAUCCCACUUCGUUGCUUAUCUACUCAGAUCCUCAUCCGUCCUUGUGAUCAGAGAUGCCGGGGUUAGAUUCAUCGGCAAGUGGGUGCAGUAUUUCAACAGAAUAUGAGACGUUAACAUAGCUUGUUGUUAGUUAGCUAGCUAGGUAACGGUUAGAUAAUAGCUACGCGAGUAAUGAGAACUUGUAACGUUAAACACAGCGAAACCAAAGGUUUCCCCGUUUAUCAUUUGCCAAACUGUCAACGUUACUAUUUUUGUAGUUGAUGUGAAGACUUGCCAUAGGAAAGUGUUAGCUAGUUAACUUUGCGAUGUGCAUAAAUCAUCGAAUUGAGAUCCAAUUAAUGAAUACAUGCAAAAUGGGAAGACGCACAAUAGCUAACUAGCUAGCUAACGUUACUCCUUUUGUAGCUGAUGUGAAGACUUGCCAUAGUUAACACUUUUCUAACUUUAGGAUGUGCUUACAUAAUUUCAUUGAUCCAGCCAAUGACUGUAGAUAUAUGUGAAGGAUCCAACUAAUGAAUAAAUGCAAAAUGGGAAUAUACCCAAUAGCUAGGUAGUUCGCUAACGUAUAACGUUACACACUCACGGACUUGGCUAACUAGCUAGGUAGCUAAUGGGCUUGCCUUUUUUUUUUUUUUUUUUACUAACUAAUCAACUUCUGUGGUUUUUAGGUGUUGACCAAACUGUGGAAAACAUUGGAAGACUCCCACCAGAUGUAUUGGCAGAAACAGUAAGGACAUCCUGUCUGUCAUUUCCCAUGGCAUGAAUUGAGAAAGAUGAGAUGCUUGAAAAAGUACCACAUGCACAUAAUUUUUUUCAGAUGUACUGAUUGGAGUGAUAGGCCAAUCCAGAGCCAUAUACACUGAGUAUACCAAACCUUAGAAACACCUUCUUAAUAUUGAGUUGCCCUCAGAACAGCCUCAAUUCCUUCGGAUCAUGGACUCCACCAGUUGUCGAAAGCGUUCCACAGGGAUGCUGGCCCGUGUUGAUUCCAAUGCUUCCCACAGUUGUGUCAAGUUGGCUGGAUGUCAUUUGAGUGGUGGACCAUUCUUGAUACACACGGGAAACUGUUGCACGUGAAAAACCCAGCAGCGUUGCAGUUCUUGACACAAACCGGUGCGGCUGGCACUUACUACCAUACCCUGUUCAAAGGCACUUAAAUAUUUUGCCUUGUCCAUUCACCCUCUGAAUGGCACACAUACACAAUCCAUGUAUCAGUUGUCUCAAGGCUUAAAAAUCCUUGAACCUGUCUCCUCCCCUUCAUCUACACUGAUUGAAGUGGAUUUAAUAAGUGACAUCAAUAAGGGAUCAUAGCUUUCACCUGGUCAAUCUGUCAUGGAAAGCGCAGGUGUUCUUAAUGUUUUGUAUACUCUGAUGUUAGCGCCCAUAUAGAACUUCAUUCUUGAAAUGUUGGCGAUGUAAUAACACGAGAACACCUCCAACAGCGGAUCCCUUCUAUGAAAUGACCCGCUGUAAACAAGCAAAACAGAGCAGCGAAUUUAAGACGUUUUUAUUGAUUAGCAUUCGGGAUAAUGUGUAUCCAAGUCUUUACUGUGUUGUAGUGUCACUGGACGUCUUCAUAGGUUUUGAAAACUAUCAGAAAUAAACAGCACAAUGCGGAAGCGUUAUCACUUGCAACGGCUAUGGAGGCGAAAGUGGCACACUCGGAACAUUCAACCGCAUUGGCCUAACUCCUCUCUCUCUCAUAUACACACACAGUGCAUUCUGAAAGUAUUCAGACCUCUUGACUUUUUCCACAUUUUGUUUUUACUUUACAGCCUUAUUCUAAAAUGGAUGAAAUUGUUUCCCCCCCUCAUCAAUCUACACACAAUACCCCAUAAUGACAAAGCAAAAACAGUUAAAAAAAAUAAAAUGUUUGCUAAUUUAUUAAAAAUGGAAAUAUCACAUUUCCAUAAGUAUUCAGACCCUCUACUCAGUACUUUGUUGAAACACCUUUGGCAGCGAUUACAGCCUCGAGUCUUCAUGGGUAUGGCGCUACAUGCUUGGCACAACUAUUUGGGGAGUUUCUCCCAUUCUUGGUUGGAUGGGGAGCGUUGCUGCACAGCUAUUUUCAGGUCCCUCCAGUUGUUCGAUCGGGUUCAAGUCUGGGCUCUGGCUGGGCCACUCAAGGACAUUCAGAGACUUGACCCGAAGCCACUCCUGCGUUGUCCUCUUGGAAGGUGAACCUUCGCCCCAGUCUGAGGUCCUGAGCGCUCCGGAGAAGGUUUUUAUCAAGGAUAUCUCUGUACUUUGCAUCGUUCAUCUUUCCCUCGAUCCUGCCUAGUCUCCCAGUCCCUGCCUCUGAAAAACAUCCCCACAGUAUGAUGCUGCCACCACCAUGCUUUACCGUAGGGCAGGUUUCCUCCCGACGUGACGCUUGGCAUUCAGGCCAAAGGGUUCAAUCUUGGUUUCAUCAGAACAUAUAAUCUUGUUUCCCAUGGUCUGAGAGUCCUUUAGGUGCCUUUUGGCAAACUCCAAGCGGGCUGUCAUGUGCCUUUUACUGACGAGUGGCACUUCCAUCUGGCCACUACCAUAAAAGCCUGAUUGGUGGAAUGCUGCAGAGAUAGUUAUCCUUCUGGAAGGUUCUCCCAUUUCCACAGAGGGAUUCUGGAGCUCUGUCAGAGGGACCAUCAGGUUCUUGGUCACCUCCAUGACCAAGGCCCUUCUCCCUUGAUUGCUCAGUUUAGCCGAGCUCUAGGAAGAGUCUUGGUGGUUCUAAACUUCUUUCAUUUAAGAAUGAUGGAGGCCACUGUGUUCUUGGGGACCUUCAAUGUUGCAGAAAUGUUGUGGUACCCUUCCCCAGAUCUCUGCCUGGACACAAUCCUGUCUCGGAGCUCUACGGACAAUUCCUUCAACCUCAUGGCUUGGUUUUUGCUCUGACAUGCAGUGUCAACUGUGGGACCUUAUAUAGACAGGUGUGUGCCUUUCCAAAUCAUGUGCAAUCAAUUGAAUUUACCACAGGUGGAUCAAGUUGUAAAAACAUAUCAAGGAUGAUUAAUGAAAAGAGGAUGCACCUGAGCUCAAUUUCGAGUCUCAUAGCAAAGGGUUUGAAUACUGAUGUGAAUAAGAUAUUUCUGUUUUUCUUUUUAAUGAAUGUGCAAACAUUUCUAAGAACCUGUUUUCGCUUUGUCAUUAUGGGGUAUUGUGUGUAGAUUGAUGAGAAACAUGUAUUUAAUCAAUUUUAGAAUAAGGUUGUAACGUAACAAAAUGUGGAAAAUGUCAAAGGGUCUGAAUACUUCCAGAAUGCACUGUGUAUAUACACUGCUCAAAAAAAUAAAGGGAACACUAAAAGAACACAUCCUAGAUCUGAAUGAAUGAAAUAAUCGUAUUAAAUACUUUUUUCUUUACAUAGUUGAAUGUGCUGACAACAAAAUCACACAAAAAUUAUCAAUGGAAAUCAAAUGUAUCAACCCAUGGAGGUCUGGAUUUGGAGUCACCCUCAAAAUUAAAGUGGGAAACCACACUACAGGCUGAUCCAACUUUGAUGUAAUGUCCUUAAAACAAGUCAAAAUGAGGCUCAGUAGUGUGUGUGGCCUCCACGUGCCUGUAUGACCUCCCUACAACGCCUGGGCAUGCUCCUGAUGAGGUGGCGGAUGGUCUCCUGAGGGAUCUCCUCCCAGACCUGGACUAAAGCAUCCGCCAACUCCUGGACAGUCUGUGGUGCAACGUGGCGUUGGUGGAUGGAGCGAGACAUGAUGUCCCAGAUGUGCUCAAUUGGAUUCAGGUCUGGGGAACGGGCGGGCCAGUCCAUAGCAUCAAUGCCUUCCUCUUGCAGGAACUGCUGACACACACCAGCCACAUGAGGUCUAGCAUUGUCUUGCAUUAGGAGGAACCCAGGGCCAACCACACCAGCAUAUGGUCUCACAAGGGGUCUGAGGAUCUCAUCUCGGUACCUAUUGGCAGUCAGGCUACCUCUGACGAGCACAUGGAGGGCUGUGCGGCCCCCCAAAGAAAUGCCACCCCACACCAUGACUGACCCUCUGCCAAACCGGUCAUGCUGGAGGAUGUUGCAGGCAGCAGAACGUUCUCCACGGCGUCUCCAGACUCUGUCACGUCUGUCACAUGUGCUCAGUGUGAACCUGCUUUCAUCUGUGAAGAGCACAGGGCGCCAGUGGCGAAUUUGCCAAUCUUGGUGUUCUCUGGCAAAUGCCAAACGUCCUGCACGGUGUUGGGCUGUAAGCACAACCCCCACCUGUGGACAUAGGGCCCUCAUACCACCCUCAUGGAGUCUGUUUCUGACCGUUUGAGCAGACACAUGCUCAUUUGUGGCCUGCUGGAGGUCAUUUUACAGGGCUCUGGCAGUGCUCCUCCUGCUCCUCCUUGCUCAAAGGCGGAGGUAGCGGUCCUGCUGCUGGGUUGUUGCCCUCCUACGGCCUCCUCCACGUCUCCUGAUGUACUGGCCUGUCUCCUGGUAGCGCCUCCAUGCUCUGGACACUAUGCUGACAGACACAGCAAACCUUCUUGCCACAGCUCGCAUUGAUGUGCCAUCCUGGAUGAGCUGCACUACCUGAGCCACUUGUGUGGGUUGUAGACUCCGUCUCAUGCUACCACUAGAGUGAAAGCACCGCCAGCAUUCAGAAGUGACCAAAACAUCAGCCAGGAAGCAUAGGAACUGAGAAGUGGUCUGUGGUCACCACCUGCAAAACCAGUCCUUUAUUGGGGGUGUCUUGCUAAUUGCCUAUAAUUUCCACCUGUUGUCUAUACCAUUUGCACAACAGCAUGUGACAUUUAUUGUCAAUCAGUGUUGCUUCCUAAGUGGACAGUUUGAUUUCACAGAAGUGUGAUUGACUUGGAGUUACAUUGUGUUGUUUAAGUGUUUUCUUUAUUUUUUUGAGCAGUGUAUAUUAAAGGUACAUUAUAUAUACAAAAUUAUGUGGACACCCCUUCAAAUUAGUGGAUUCGGCUAUUUCAGCCACACCCAUUGCUGACAGGUGUAUAAAAUCGAACACACAGCCAUGCAAUCUCCAUAGACAAACAUUAGCAGUAGAAUGGUCUUACUGAAAAGCUCAUUGACUUUCAAAGUGCCACCCUCAUAGGAUGCCACCUUUCCCACAAGUCAGUUUGUCAAAUUUCUGCCCUGCUAGAGCUGCCCUGGUCAACUGUAAGUGCCGUUAUUGUGAAGUGGAAACGUCUAGGUGCAACAACGGCUCAGCCGCGAAGUGGUAGGCCACACAAGCUCACAGAAAGGGACUGGCGUGUGCUAAAGUGCGUAGCAUGUAAAAAUAGUCUGUCCUCGGUUGCAACACUCACUACCCAGUUCCAAACUGCCUCUGGAAGCAACGUCAGCACAAUAACUAUUAGUCGGGAGCUUCAUGAAAUGGGUUUCCAUGACCAAGCAGCUGCACACAGGCCUAAGAUCACCAUGCGCAAUGCCAAGCGUCGGCUGGAGUGGUGUUAAACUCGCUGCCAUUGGACUCUGGAGCAGUGGAAACGCGUUCUCUGGAGUAAUUAAUCACGCUUCACCAUCUGGCAGUCAGAGGGACUAAUCUGGGUUUGUCAGAUUCCAGGAGAACGCUACCUGCCCCAAUGCAUAGUGCCAACUAAAGUUUGGUGGAGGAGGAAUACUGGUCUAGGGCUGUUUUUCAUGGUUCGGGCUAGGCCCCUUAGUUCCAGUGAAGGGAAAUCGUUACACUACGGCAUACAAUUACAUUCUAGAUUAUUCUGUGCUUCCAACUUUGUGGCAACAGUUUGGGGAAGCCCUUUCCUGUUUCAGCAUGACAAUGCCCCCAUGCGCAAGCAAGGUCCAUACAGAAAUGGUUUGUCGAGAUCGGUGUGGAAGAACUUGACUGGCCUGCACAGAGCCCUGACCUCAAUCCUAUCUAACACCUUUGGGAUGAAUUUGAACGCUGACUGCGAGCCAGGCCUAAUCGCCCAACAUCAGUGCCGGACCUCACUAAUGCUUUUGUGGCUGAAUGGAAGCAAGUCCCCGCAAACAAUGUUCCAACAUCUAGGGGAAUGCCUUCCCAGAAGAGUGGAGGCUGUUAUAGCAGCAAAGGGGGGACCAACUCCAUAUUCAUACCCAUGAUUUUGGAAUGAGAUGUUCGAUAUUGUCCAUAUUGGUCAGGUAGUGUGUGUGUGUGUGUGUGUGUGUGUGUGUGUGUGUGUGUGUGUGUGUGUGUGUGUAUAUAUAUAUACAGUGGGGAGAACAAGUAUUUGAUACACUGCCGAUUUUGCAGGUUUUCCUACUUACAAUGCAUGUAGAGGUCUGUAAUUUUUAUCGUAGGUACACUUCAACUGUGAGAGACGGAAUCUAAAACAAAAAUCCAGAAAAUCACAUUGUAUGAUUUUUAAGUAAUUAAUUUGCAUUUUAUUGCAUGACAUAAGUAUUUGAUCACCUACCAACCAGUAAGAAUUCCGGCUCUCACAGACCUGUUAGUUUUUCUUUAAGAAGCCCUCCUGUUCUCCACUCAUUACCUGUAUUAACUGCACCUGUUUGAACUCGUUACCUGUAUAAAAGACACCUGUCCACACACUCAAUCAAACAGACUCCAACCUCUCCACAAUGGCCAAGACCAGAGAGCUGUGUAAGGACAUCAGGGAUAAAAUUGUAGACCUGCACAAGGUUGGGAUGGGCUACAGGACAAUAGGCAAGCAGCUUGGUGAGAAGGCAACAACUUUUGGCGCAAUUAUUAGAAAAUGGAAGAAGUUCAAGAUGACGGUCAAUCACCCUCGGUCUGGGGCUCCAUGCAAGAUCUCACCUCGUGGGGCAUCAAUGAUCAUGAGGAAGGUGAGGGAUCAGCCCAGAACUACACGGCAGGGCCUGGUCAAUGACCUGAAGAGAGCUGGGAUCACAGUCUCAAAGAAAACCAUUAGUAACACACUACACCGUCAUGGAUUAAAAUCCUGCAGCGCACGCAAGCUCAAGCCAGCGCAAGUCCAGGCCCAUCUGAAGCUCAAGCCAGCGCAAGUCCAGGCCCAUCUGAAGUUUGCCAAUGACCAUCUGGAUGAUCCAGAGGAGGAAUGGGAGAAGGUCAUGUGGUCUGAUGAGACAAAAAUAGAGCUUUUUGGUCUAAACUCCACUCGCCGUGUUUGGAGGAAGAAGAAGGAUGAGUACAACCCCAAGAACACCAUCCCAACCGUGUAGCAUGGAGGUGGAAACAUCAUUAUUUGGGGAUGCUUUUCUGCAAAGGGGACAGGACGACUGCACCGUAUUGAGGGGAGGAUGGAGGGGGCCAUUUAUCGCGAGAUCUUGGCCAACAACCUCCUUCCCUCAGUAUGAGCAUUGAAGAUGGGUCAUGGCUGGGUCUUCCAGCAUGACAACGACCCGAAACACACAGCCAGGGCAACUAAGGAGUUUCUGUACCAAAUAUUAAGUUCUGCUUUUCUGAUGUAUCAAAUACUUAUGUCAUGCAAUAAAAUGCAAAUUAAUUACUUAAAAAUCAUACAAUGUGAUUUUCUGGAUUUUUGUUUUAGAUUCCGUCUCUCACUGUUGAAGUGUACCUAUGAUAAAAAUGACAGACCUCUACAUGCUUUGUAAGUAGGAAAACCUACAAAAUCGGCAGUGUAUCAAAUACUUGUUCUCCCCACUGUAUAUACAAUUAAUUUGCAUUUUAUUGCAUGACAUAAGUAUUUGAUACAUCAGAAAAGCAGAACUUAAUAUUUGGUACAGAAACCUUUGUUUGCAAUUACAGAGAUCAUACGUUUCCUGUAGGUCUUGACCAGGUUUGCACACACUGCAGCAGGGAUUUUGGCCCACUCCUCCAUACAGACCUUCUCCAGAUCCUUCAGGUUUCGGGGCUGUCGCUGGGCAAUACAGACUUUCAGCUCCCUCCAAAGAUUUUCUAUUGGGUUCAGGUCUGGAGACUGGCUAGGCCACUCCAGGACCUUGAGAUGCUUCUUACGGAGCUACUCCUUAGUUGCCCUGGCGGUGUGUUUCGGGUCGUUGUCAUGCUGGAAGAGCCAGCCACGACCCAUCUUCAAUACUCUUACUGAGGGAAGGAGGUUGUUGGCCAAGAUCUUGCGAUACAUGGCCCCAUCCAUCCUCCCCUCAAUACGGUGCAGUCGUCCUGUCCCCUUUGCAGAAAAGCAUCCCCAAAGAAUGAUGUUUCCACCUCCAUGCUUCACGGUUGGGAUGGUGUUCUUGGGGUUGUACUCAUCCUUCUUCUUCCUCCAAACACGGCGAGUGGAGUUUAGACCAAAAAGCUCUAUUUUUUUCUCAUCAGACCACAUGACCUUCUCCCAUUCCUCCUCUGGAUCAUCCAGAUGGUCAUUGGCAAACUUCAGACGGGCCUGGACAUGCGCUGGCUUGAGCAGGGGGACCUUGCGUGCGCUGCAGGAUUUUAAUCCAUGACGGUGUAGUGUUAUACUAAUAGUUUUCUUUGAGACUGUGGUCCCAGCUCUCUUCAGGUCAUUGACCAGGUCCUGCCGUGUAGUUCUGGGCUGAUCCCUCACCUUCCUCAUGAUCAUUGAUGCCCCACGAGGUGAGAUCUUGCAUGGAGCCCCAGACCGAGGGUGAUUGACCGUCAUCUUGAACUUCUUCCAUUUUCUAAUAAUUGCGCCAACAGUUGUUGCCUUCUCACCAAGCUGCUUGCCUAUUGUCCUGAAGCCCAUCCCAGCCUUGUGCAGGUCUACAAUGUUAUCCCUGAUGUCCUUACACAGCUCUCUGGUCUUGGCCAUUGUGGAGAGGUUGGAGUCUGUUUGAGUGUGUGGACAGGUGUCUUUUAUACAGGUAAUGAGUUCAAACAGGUGCAGUUAAUACAGGUAAUGAGUGGAGAACAGGAGGGCUUCUUAAAGAAAAACUAACAGGUCUGUGAGAGCCGGAAUUCUUACUGGUUGGUAGGUGAUAAAAUACUUAUGUCAUGCAAUAAAAUGCAAAUUAAUUACUUAAAAAUCAUACAAUGUGUUUUUCUGGAUUUUUGUUUUAGAUUCCGUCUCUCACAGUUGAAGUGUACCUAUGAUAAAAAUUACAGACCUCUACAUGCUUUGUAAGUAGGAAAACCUGCAAAAUUGGCAGUGUAUCAAAUACUUGUUCUCCCCACUGUAUAUAUAUACAGUACCAGUCAAAAGUUUGGACACACCUACUCAUUCCAGUGUUUUUCUUUAUUUUUGCUCUUUUCUACAUUGUAGAAUAAUAUUGAAUACAUUAAAACUAUGAAAUAACACAUAUGGAAUCAUUUAGUAACCAAAAAAGUGUUAAACAAAUCAAAAUAUAUAUUUUAUUUGAGAUUCUUCAAAGUAGCCCCCCUUUGCCUUGAUGACAGCUUUGCACACACUUGGCAUUCUCUCAACCAGCUUCAUGAGGUAGUCACCUGGAAUGCAUAUAAUUAACAGGUGUGCCUUGUUAAAAGUUUAUUUGUGGAAUUUCUUUCCAUCUUAAUGCGAUUGAGCCUAUCAGUUGUGUUGUGACAAGGUAGGGUUGGUAUGCAGAAGAUAGCCCUAUUUGGUAAAAGACCAAGUCCAUAUUAUGGCAAGAACAGCUCAACAGCAGUCGCAAAAACCAUCAAGCACUAUGAUGAAACUGGCUUUCAUGAGGACCACCACAGGAAAGGUAGACUCAGAGUUACCUCUGCUGCAGAGGAUAAAUUCAUUAGAGUUACCAGCCUCAGAAAUCGGCAAUUAAAUACACCUCAGAUUGCAGCCCAAAUAAAUGCUUCACGGAGUUCAAGUAACAGGUACCUCAACAUCAACUGUUCAGAGAAGACUGUGAAUCUACCUUCAUGGUCGAAUUGCUGCAAAGAAACCACUACUAAAAGACAUCAAAAAGAAGAAGACACUUGCUUGGGUCAAGAAACAUGAGCAAUGGACAUUAGAUAGGUGGAAAUCUGUCCUUUGGAGUCCAAAUUUGAGGUUUUUGGUUCCAACCGCCAUGCCUUUGUGAGACGCAGAGAUGGGGAACGGAUUAUCUUCGAAUGUGUGGUUCCCACCGUGAAGCAUGGAGGAGGAGGUGUGAUGGUGUGGGGAUGCUUUGCUGGUGACACUGUCUGUGAUUUAUUUAGAAUUCAAGGCACACUUAAUCAGAGUAAUGGAGUGCAGCAUCAGAUGACCUGGCCUCCACAAUCACCCGACCUCAACCCAAUUGAGAUGGUUUGGGAUGAGUUGGACUGUAGAAUGAAGGAAAAGCAGCCAACAAGUGCUCAGCAUAUGUGGGAACUCCUUCAAGACUGUUGGAAAAGCAUUCCAGGUGAAGCUGUUUGAGAGAAUGCCAAGAGUGUUCAAAGCUGUCAUCAAGGCAAAGGGUGGCUACUUUGAAGAAUCUCAAAUAUAUAAUAUAUUUUGAUUUGUUUAACACUUUUUUUGUCCCGGACAAGAGGACAAGCCCUGGCAUUCAUUCAUCCAUUUAUGUGUGCAUUUAUUCAUUUAUUUCAAAUUAUGACAGGUUUGGUCCUCCAUACAUCUAUACUGGCACCGACUACACUUGCUCAGCUGUAUCACCAUUGACAGAUACAAAUAAAAACAUUUGGACCAAAUAUCCCUAUUAUUCAGUAGACCAUAGUCAGAUGUAUUUUUAUUAGAGUGCAUCGAUACAGCAAACGACCAGUCACAUAGUCAGAUGUAUUGAAAUACAAUACUUUUGUAUUAGAAAGCGUGUAUUGAUGCAGCAGUCGUUCAGUCACCAUUUUAGGAGCUGUUGUUAUUGAGGAUGUGGAUCUGAUAAUCUCCCCAUGCAGUGUCAGCAGAUUCUGAGUCAUCUCCAAGGGCAGGCCAGGGGAGUAGAUUCUGCUGAAAUCUCUGAUGUGAGUCAACACACUGUCACAGAAUUUCCACUGUGCCUUCCUUUCACUCCCUAAACUAAACCAUAUUCACAUGAUCUGAUUUUGUAACACGUUUUCUUCCAUUUUCUAUGCAGAAGUUUCAAAAAGCUGGGAUCCAACUUGACAAAGAGGCUCUACAGGAGGUUGUCCAAUUUCUCUUGUUAACAUUCAGGUAUUGUAGCUGUUUGUAAUCCGCAACCAUGAAACUUCUGCACUCAUAAAUACACUGCUCCAAAAAAUUAAGGGAACACUUAAACAACACAAUGUAACUCCAAGUCAAUCACACUUCUGUGAAAUCAAACUGUCCACUUAGGAAGCAACACUGAUUGACAAUACAUUUCACAUGCUGUUGUGCAAAUGGAAUAGACAACAGGUGGAAAUUAUAGGCAAUUAGCAAGACACCCCCAAUAAAGAAGUGGUUCUGCAGGUGGUGACCACAGACCACUUCUCAGUUCCUAUGCUUCCUGGCUGAUGUUUUGGUCACUUUUGAAUGCUGGCGGUGCUUUCACUCUAGUGGUAGCAUGAGACGGAGUCUACAACCCACACAAGUGGCUCAGGUAGUGCAGCUCACCCAGGAUGGCACAUCAAUGCGAGCUGUGGCAAGAAGGUUUGCUGUGUCUGUCAGCGUAGUGUCCAGAGCAUGGAGGCGCUACCAGGAGACAGGCCAGUACAUCAGGAGAUGUGGAGGAGGCCGUAGGAGGGCAACAACCCAGCAGCAGGACCGCUACCUCCGCCUUUGUGCAAGGAGGAGCACUGCCAGAGCCCUGCAAAAUGACCUCCAGCAGGCCACAAAUGUGCAUGUGUCUGCUCAAACGGUCAGAAACAGACUCCAUGAGGGUGGUAUGAGGGCCCUAUGUCCACAGGUGGGGAUUGUGCUUACAGCCCAACACCGUGCAACACCGUUCUGCUGCCUGCAACAUCCUCCAGCAUGACCGGUUUGGCGGUGGGUCAGUCAUGGUGUGGGGUGGCAUUUCUUUGGGGGGCCGCACAGCCCUCCAUGUGCUCGCCAGAGGUAGCCUGACUGCCAUUAGGUACCGAGAUUAGAUCCUCAGACCCCUUGUGAGACCAUAUGCUGGUGCGGUUGGCCCUGGGUUCCUCCUAAUACAAGACAAUGCUAGACCUCAUGUGGCUGGAGUGUGUCAGCAGUUCCUGCAAGAGGAAGGCAUUGAUGCUAUGGACUGGCCCGCCCGUUCCCCAGACCUGAAUCCAAUUGAGCACAUCUGGGACAUCAUGUCUCGCUCCAUCCACCAACGCCACGUUGCACCACAGACUGUCCAGGAGUUGGCGGAUGCUUUAGUCCAGGUCUGGGAGGAGAUCCCUCAGGACACCAUUCGCCACCUCAUCAGGAGCAUGCCCAGGCGUUGUAGGGAGGUCAUACAGGCACGUGGAGGCCACACACACUACUGAGCCUCAUUUUGACUUGUUUUAAGGACAUUACAUCAAAGUUGGAUUAGCCUGUAGUGUGGUUUUCCACUUUAAUUUUGACGGUGACUCCAAAUCCAGACCUCCAUGGGUUGAUAAAUUUGAUUUCCAUUGAUAAUUCUUGUGUGAUUUUGUUGUCAGCACAUUCAACUAUGUAAAGAAAAAAGUAUUUAAUAAGAUUAUUUCAUUCAUUCAGAUCUAGGAUGUGUUGUUUAAGUGUUUCCUUAAUUUUUUUGAGCAGUGUAUAUCCAUCCAUGCAGCGUUCAGUAUGCACAUCGAGCUUGUGUUUGCUCCUCCUUUGAUAGGUCAGGAACCAGUUGUGGGUAGUGGCUUCAGGGCCAUGGCUAUGAUUUGUUACUAAAGUAAUUGGUUUUAUUUAUUUGGAGAGUCACUUAUUUUUCAAUAUUUUGUGGGUGAGUUUUUGAGUUGUGGGUUUGAAUGAAUGUGUACAGUGCAUUCGGAAAGUAUUCAGACCCCUUGACUUUUUCCACAUUUUGUUACAUUACAGCUUUAUUCUAAAAUUGAUUUAAAAAAUGUUUCCCCCUCAUCAAUCUACAAACAAUACCCCAUAAUGACAAAGCGGAAGCAGGUUUUUAUAAUAUUUUUCCAAAUGUAUAAAAUAAAUGUGUAUAAAAAAUACCUUAUUUACAUAAGUAUUCGGACCCUUUGCUAAGAGACUCGAAAUUGAGAUCAGGUACAUCCUGUUUCCAUUGAUCGUCCUUGAGAUGUGUCUACAACUUGAUUGGAGUCCACCUGUGGUACAUUUAAUUGAUUGGACAUGAUUUGGAAAUGCACACACCUGUCUAUAUAAGGUCCCACGGUUGACAGUGCAUGUCAGAGCAAAAACCAAGCCAUGAGGUUGAAGGAAUUGUCUGUAGAGCUCAGAGACAGGAUUUUGUCGAGGCACAGAUCUGGGAAAGGGUACCAAAAAAUGUCUGCAGCAUUGAAGGUCCCCAAGAACACAGUGGCCUCCAUCAUUGUUAAAUGGAAGAAGUUUGGAACCACCAAGACUCUUCCUAGAGCUGGUCUCCCGGCCAAACUAAGCAAUUGGUGGAGAAGGGCCUUGGUCAAGGAGGUGACCAAGAACCCGAUGGUCACUCUGAUAGAGCUCCAGAGUUCCUCUGUGGAGAUGGGAGAACCUUCCAGAAGGACCUUCCCUACUGUGAAGCAUGGUGGUGGCAGCAUCAUGCUGUGGGGAUAUUUUCCAGCGGAAGGGACUGGGAGACUAGUCAGGAUCAAUGGAAAGAUGAAAGUACAGAGAAAGCGCUCAGGACCUCAGACUGGGGAUGAAGGUUCACCUUCCAACAGGACAAUGACCCUAAGCACACAACCAAGAACGCAGGAGUGGCUUUGGGACAAGUCUCUGAAUGUCCUUGAGUGGCCCAGCCAGAGCUCGGACUUGAAACCGAUCGAACAUCUCUGGAGAGACCUGAAAAUAAACUCAGCAAAAAAAGAAACGUUCUCUCACUGUGAACUGCGUUUAUUUUCAGCAAACUUAACAUGUGUAUAUAUUUGUAUGAACAUAACAAGAUGCAACAACUGACACAUAAACUGAACAAGUUCCACAGACAUGUGACUAACACAAAUUGAAUAAUGUGUCCCUGAACAAAGGGGGGGGGGGGGGUCAAAAUCUAAAGUAACAGUCAGUCUCUGCUGUGGCCACCAGCUGCAUUAAGUACUGCAGUGCAUCUCCUCCUCAUGGACUGCACCAGAUUUGCCAGUUCUUGCUGUGAGAUGUUACCCCACUCUUCCACCAAGGCACCUGCAAGUUCCCUGACAUUUCUGGGGGGAAUGGCCCUAGCCCUCACCCUCCGAUCCAACAGGUCCCAGAUGUGCUCAAUGGGAUUGAGAUCCGGGCUCUUCGCUGGCCAUGGCAGAACACUGACAUUCCUGUCUUGCAGGAAAUCACACACAGAAUGAGCAGUAUGGCUGGUGACAUUGUCAUGCUGGAGGGUCAUGUCAGGAUGAGCCUGCAGGAAGGGUACCACAUGAGAGAGGAGGAUGUCUUCCCUGUAACGCACAGCGUUGAGAUUGCCUGCAAUGACAACAAGCUCAGUCCAAUGAUGCUGUGACACACCGCCCCAGACCAUGACGGACCCUCCACCUCCAAAUCGAUCCCGCUCCAGAGUACAGGCCUUGGUGUAACGCACAUUCCUUCGACAAUUUUUUGCUGAGUUUAGCUUUGCAGCGAUGCUCCCCAUCCAACCUGACAGUGUGCCAAGCUUGUAGCAUCAUACCAAAGACUCAAGGCUGGAAUCGCUGCCAAAGGUGUUUCAACAAAGUACUGAGUAAAGGGUCUGAAUACUUAUGUAAAUGUUAUAUUUCAAAAAGCAAUUGUUAUUAAUUUGCAAACAUUUCUAUAAAACUGUUUUUGCUUUGUCAGUAUGGGGUAUCGUGUCUAGAUUUGAGAAAAACAACUAUUUAAUACAUUUUAGAAUAAGGCUGUAACGUAACAAAAUGUCGAAAAAGGGGAAGGGGUCUGAAUACUUUCCAAAUGCACUGUAUAAGUUGACUGGGUUCAGACAACUGUGUUAAAUAAACACAUUGGUGCUAUUUUAACAGGUCCACUGAAAAGAGCAACCUCUCUGCUGAUGUACUGGUAGCUAGGCUGGGAGAGGGCAGCAGUAAGUGGUCCAAAGCUGCUCUUCAGGUGCUCCACCGGCUGUGGAGUGAUCAGGGUACCCUAGUCAACACGCACCAAGAGGUCCAGGCCAUGCUUAGCAUCGGACAGGUAGGCCUACACCCUGCUACUGGAGCCAACCAAAAACAAAUGGAUUCUCUUCUUGCUUAACUCCAGGUCAACUCCUAGCUUCUUCCUAGCUCCUACUCCAUAGGCACUUGUGUAUAUUUGAAACCAUUGGACAUGGAGGGCAAGGUAUAGCUAGGAAGUUUGCAGCACGUGAAGUGCACAGAAGGUGCUAAAGGUAGUUUUGGAAAGGGGUAUUGGAAUCUCCUAAUUAAGGGUGGGAAAUUGUACCCACAAAGGGCAAGUGUGGGUGCAGGCUUUUGCCCCAGACCAUGCUACAGUAUAAUACACCUGAUUCAUCUAAUCAACCAAUCAUAGUCUUCCACAAGACUUAAGCCACUUCCAGAGCGUCUGCAAAGCAGUCGCACUGCACAAAUUGAUCAACGAUUUAAUGCCGUGUUAUCUACAGUGGGUCCUCAUUUAAUGGUUGCUCCAUACAGCUUGUGGGAUGCUGCAGAAUGUUAUGGCAUGUUGGAGUGCAGGAUGUCAUAGUAUGUUACUGUCAGCCAUGGUUGCCAUUAAUGCUAGUUUGACCACCAGAGGGAAUAUUUGCGGGAGUCUUUAUCAAGCUUGUUGGUGCUUGCUUACUUUUCCAAAUAAUCCUACAGAGGUCCAUGCAGGCCAGACGUUUGGAUUGCUAUCUAUACCAUAUCCAAAAGAGCAUAUUCUAAGGUUUUUAAUUAACCUAGUUUUGCCAAACAACACAAAAUGUUUUACAGAUGGUCUCCCUUUCAAAAUAUGUUUUCCUUGAAUAACCACAGCUCCAUGCCUACUGAUGACAAUUAGCAAAUACCGUUUUGGGGAAAAUUUCAUUUUUAUUGUAUUCUGUUAUAUUCCAUCAUAUUCAUACUGUAAAGGUCUGGGGAAUAUAAGAAUGCGAUGUCUGCUAAAUGAACAAGUUAAUUUCAUUGACAUGGCUCAGCCAUAGCCUCAGCUACAAUAGCACAGAUAAAUAAAUCUUAAAACAUGCUAUUCUGUUCUUUUGAAAUACAUUGUCUUAGUACCAUGUUUUUUAUGAACUCCCUAAACAAAAUAUUGAUGGAUGUCUUUGUGAUUGUGUAUAUUAAAUUGAUUUAUUAGACUGCCGGUUAUUGGUAGGCUACUCAUCAAGUCCCGGCAAUUCUACUGUUAAAAUGCAUAUGGUGCAGAAGACCUUCAUGGCGAUUUGAGGAAAAAAUUAUCUGAACGUUUUUAUUUUAUGUUAUUUAUCUCAAUGUAGGCCUACUGCUAGAGUGCAAAAUACACAUAUAUUCAGGAAAAGUCAGGGACAGGUGUGUUCAAGGUUUUUACUGAAAUGAAGUAAUUGAAAUGACAUGGAGCUGCAGGCCGAACAGUCCUGUUUACUGUAGCUGUUUUAACGUAACUUACUUAUUGGCAUAAAGGCCUACUUCAAUAUAGUAUAUCAAUCAAUAAUUCAUUCAUUUGUGCAUGUCAUCACUCAACAUACAUGUCAUCCAUGUCUUUAAAUACAGUAAAGCAUUUUAGUUAUAAAAUGAAUUAACAAAGGUAGCCUUGAAUAAUUAAACUGCAACAUUUAAAUGUUACAUUGUAGUCAUUUAGCAGACGCUCUUUUCCAGAGCGACUUAUAGUAGUGAGUGGCAAUUAAUUUUUAUUUUUUACUUUUUCCCGUACUGCUCCCCCGUGGGAAUCAAACCCACAACCCACAACUCUGACUGACCGCAACAUCUAUCGGUAGUCUAAACUGUGGCACAAAUUGAGGGAUUUUUCACACCUAGCUGAGCGAGCUAUUAGACUAUCCUUUCGUAAAAAUAAAAAUAUAUCUUAAUUCAUGGUGUGGUUUAUUUUUAGCCAAAUGUUGAAUAGACAUGCAGACAAAUUAAUUAAUGUAGGAAAAGAGGAAUAAUAGGCUACUGUCUGUAGUCAUGAAAACAAUUUGGUUAAAGAAAUUGAUGUUAUUUUGUUGGGUAAUGGAUCGGCUCUCAGAACUCAUUCUAUCUUCAAUAUAAUCAUUAAUUCACAAGGUUAAACCCAUAGGUCUCAGGCCUGCGUUAAAUUAGAUUACCAGGUUAAUUUUUAAUUAGGUUAUAAUAAUCUGUGACUUCUGGGAAUAUUAUAAAGUCCAAAAGUUAUGGGUCGGAGUUAGAAAGUUGGCUGUCAGAAGUAUUACAAUGGAAAUUAACUUUUAAUCUGUCUGUCUGCAUAUUUCAAGACAUGGCAUAUAAGGGUGCUGUGAGAUACCCUAUGGGUUGGACAAUACUUUUCUCGUCAAUCAUCUUGAAAAAACGUAUACUUAAAAACUGAAAAUAAACCAAUGUCAGCCUUUAAAUGCUUUAUUAUCCAAAUGUUGAAAACAAAAUGGUGCAGUUUGAGGCCAUGUAGCGGAAAGUGAUGCGGGCGCUGGAGAUGGGGGGUGUGAGCAGGUGGGUCUGGGCAGGUGUGAUGUAGUUGUCGUUUGUAUGUGUAUGUUUUGUAUUGUCUAAAGAAAUUAAAUACAAUUUUACAAUAAAAUAAAAUAAAUGACAGGCUUGCAACACACAUCUGAUUAUUCAUUAUGAAUAGGAUUGAUUUGAUUUAUUUCGUUUGCAUUCUUUAUUGUAACCACAAUGUCACAAAUAAUUGAACACAUAUACAUACACACACACACACACACACAACAUAAGUAGAUUAACUUUGUCAAAACAUUUAUUUAUUAAAGACGAUCAGAAAGUAUGUUGGUACUUUUAUUUUAUUAUAAAUAAAUACAUUCUGGGGGUAGAUCAGCUUAAUAUUGCAGAUAGAUUGUAACUUCUAUCAAUGUAAUUGUCUGUAUCACUUCCAAUCCCCCAUGUUUUUUAUACACUGCUCAAAAAAAUACUGUGCUUCCAACUUUGUGGCAACAGUUUGGGGAAGGCCCUUUCCUGUUUCAGCAUGACAAUGCCCCCGAGCACAAAGCGAGGCCCAUACAAAAAUGGUUUGUCGAGAUCGUUGUGGAAGAACUUGACUGGCCUGCACAGAGCCCUGACCUCAACCCCAUUCAUCCUUUGGGAUGAAUUGGAACACCAACUGUGAGCCAGGCCUAAUCGCCCAACAUCAAUGCCCGACCUCACUAAUGCUCGUGGCUGAAUGGAAGCAAGUCCCCGGAGCAAUGUUCCAACAUACACUGCUCAAAAAAAUAAAGGGAACACUUAAACAACACAAUGUAACUCCAAGUCAAUCCCACUUCUGUGAAAUCAAACUGUCCACUUAGGAAGCAACACUGAUUGACAAUACAUUUCACAUGCUGUUGUGCAAAUGGAUAGACAACAGGUGGAAAUUAUAGGCAAUUAGCAAGACACCCCCAAUAAAGAAGUGGUUCUGCAGGUGGUGACCACAGACCACUUCUCAGUUCCUAUGCUUCCUGGCUGAUGUUUUGGUCACUUCUGAAUGCUGGCGGUGCUUUCACUCUAGUGGUAGCAUGAGACGGAGUCUACAACCCACACAGGUAGUGCAGCUCAUCCAGGAUGGCACAUCAAUGCGAGCUGUGGCAAGAAGGUUUGCUGUGUCUGUCAGCGUAGUGUCCAGAGCAUGGAGGCGCUACCAGGAGACAGGCCAGUACAUCAGGAGACGUGGAGGAGGCCGUAGGAGGGCAACAACCCAGCAGCAGGACCGCUACCUCCGCCUUUGUGCAAGGAGGAGCACUGCCAGAGCCCUGCAAAAUGACCUUCAGCAGGCCACAAAUGUGCAUGUGUCUGCUCAAACGGUCAGAAACAGACUCCAUGAGGGUGGUAUGAGGGCCCGACGUCCACAGGUGGGGGUUGUGCUUACAGCCCAACACCGUGCAGGACGUUUGGCAUUUGCCAGAGAACACCAAGAUUGGCAAAUUCGCCACUGGCGCCCUGUGCUCUUCACAGAUGAAAGCAGGUUCACACUGAGCACAUGUGACAGACGUGACAGAGUCUGGAGACGCCGUGGAGAACGUUCUGCUGCCUGCAACAUCCUCCAGCAUGACCGGUUUGGCAGAGGGUCAGUCAUGGUGUGGGGUGGCAUUUCUUUGGGGGGCCGCACAGCCCUCCAUGUGCUCGUCAGAGGUAGCCUGACUGCCAUUAGGUACCGAGAUGAGAUCCUCAGACCCCUUGUGAGACCAUAUGCUGGUGUGGUUGGCCCUGGGUUCCUCCUAAUGCAAGACAAUGCUAGACCUCAUGUGGCUGGAGUGUGUCAGCAGUUCCUGCAAGAGGAAGGCAUUGAUGCUAUGGACUGGCCCGCCCGUUCCCCAGACCUGAAUCCAAUUGAGCACAUCUGGGACAUCAUGUCUCGCUCCAUCCACCAACGCCACGUUGCACCACAGACUGUCCAGGAGUUGGCGGAUGCUUUAGUCCAGGUCUGGGAGGAGAUCCCUCAGGAGACCAUCCGCCACCUCAUCAGGAGCAUGCCCAGGCGUUGUAGGGAGGUCAUACAGGCACGUGGAGGCCACACACACUACUGAGCCUCAUUUUGACUUUUUUUAAGGACAUUACAUCAAAGUUGGAUCAGCGUGUAGUGUGGUUUUCCACUUUAAUUUUGAGGGUGACUCCAAAUCCAGACCUCCAUGGGUUGAUAAAUUUGAUUUCCAUUGAUAAUUUUUGUGUGAUUUUGUUGUCAGCACAUUCAACUAUGUAAAGAAAAAAGUAUUUAAUAAGAUUAUUUCAUUCAUUCAGAUCUAGGAUGUGUUGUUUAAGUGUUCCCUUAAUUUUUUUGAGCAGUGUAUAUAUACUCCCCUUUAUUACUUUUCAACCCCGCCAUCCUUUCCCUACUUGGGGUAAAUUAGUGAACAACAAUGCUCAGGCCUCUACUUCCAGCCUAUACUUACUAUCUACACCUUAUGGACACAGUCAAUUUUACAAUAAUUAUAUUUUAUUUGUUUUUUUUUGUAUUUGGUCCUGAACUACUUCUACUCUCAACCUCUCCGAUAAUUUUCAUGAUGUCCAUCCGGUUUGCUUCUAUAUGCGACAUCUAACUGUGCUCUUUCCCAAAAGCUCCCAACAUACAACCCAUAUACAGUGGGGGGAAAAAGUAUUUAGUCAGCCACCAAUUGUGCAAGUUCUCCCACUUAAAAAGAUGAGAGAGGCCUGUAAUUUUCAUCACAGGUACACGUCAACUAUGACAGACAAAUUGAGAUUUUUUUUCUCCAGAAAAUCACAUUGUAGGAUUUUUAAUGAAUUUAUUUGCAAAUUAUGGUGGAAAAUAAGUAUUUGGUCACCUACAAACAAGCAAGAUUUCUGGCUCUCACAGACCUGUAAGAGGCUCCUCUGUCCUCCACUCGUUACCUGUAUUAAUGGCACCUGUUUGAACUUGUUAUCAGUAUAAAAGACACCUGUCCACAACCUCAAACAGUCACACUCCGAUCUUUAUAUUUUCCACUUGUAUCCUGUUUCAGUAAUAAUGAGAUCAGACCUUCUUCUUGAGUGUCAGAUAAUCUACCAUUUACAUAGGAGUGGUUAAAACAUGCUAAUAACGGUCCUCUUAGUAUAUCAAAAAUGUUUUGGUAUACCUCGACUGGUAUGCCAUCCAACCCUGGAGUUUUCCCGGACUUAAAGUCUUUAAUUGCAUCCAGAAGUUCCUCCUCUGUAAUUUCACCUUCACAUGAGUCUUUCUGUAUGGCUGUUAAUUUGACAAUAUCAAUUGAAAAAAAAUCGUUACAAUUAGCUUCAGUUAGAGGAGAUGGAGGCGACUGAAAAGAAAACAUAUGCUUAAAGUACUUUGUUUCCUCCUUCAAAAUAUAAUUUGGUGAAUCAUGGGUGACUCCGUCAAUUGUAGAAUGUUGGUACUUGAUCCAAAGCCAAAGCCACGAAUGAGUGACUCACAAAGCUUUAUGCUGACAAAUAUAGCUUACUGCUGCAAAAUAGCCUACUCUAUAGGCCAAGCCUAAACAAAUAAAUGAUAUUAAAUUGCCUAAAUAAACUAGUACAUUUCAUAAAUAAAAUAAAUACAUUUAAGUAGCUCAGGUCUUGAAAAUAUGGGCAACCUUUUUUACCUCCCUGUCCUCGCUGGACUCUCUUUGAUUCAGUUUCUUCUUCACAUCAGCAAAGAAGGACUCUGUGUUUCAGAAACUCACUUUAUAUAAAGGGGCUAUCACUCUUUCACACUGGUAAAUAAAGCCAGUUUGUUAUUUAGAAUUAUUUAUUUUUGUUUUUAGAGGGAGAGAAGCCAAAAGCCCACCGUGCCUGGUCGCAGGCUCGCAGCUGGCCUCUCUCUGAAACCACAAAUCCAUCUGUAGGUGACGCUUUAUCCUUUGGAACCACUGAAUUACCAGGUGGACAGUAGGCCUCUUGAAGCGAUAGAGGAAAUCAACAAGAUGUUCUUUCACAAUAGCUGGCCUUAUGUUAUCUGCAGUUUUUAGCUGCACUGUCCCACUCCAUGGUAGAUAACACCCACUCUUCAUUUAUGUAAUGGUCAGUCCACAUGUCAGGUGUAAUUGCGCCAUUGUAUUUACCCAAAUUCUCUCUCAACUCCGGGACCACCCGCCAGCUGAUGUUUUGUGUUGUUGCAUGAUGCAGGACUCCAGUGGGAGAGGAGACUGACUCUCGGACUGAAACAUUCACACCUCCAUUAAUUUACAAAAGGAUAGUCUAAAGGAUGGGCUCCCGAGUGGCGCAGCGGUCUAAGGCACUGCAUCUCAGUGCUUGAGGCGUCACUACAGACCCCAUGGUUAGAUUCCAGGCUGUAUCACAACCGGACGUGAUUGGGAGUCCCAUAGGGUGGCGCACAAUUGGCCCAGCGUCGUCCGGGUUUGUCCGGUAUAGGCCGUCAUUGUAAAUAAGAAUUUGUUCUUAACUGACUUGCCUAGUUAAAUAAAGGUUAAAUAAAUAAAAUAAAAAUAGCUCGGCUAGGUGUGAAUAAUCCCCCAAUUUGUGCCACAGUUUAGACUACCGAUAGAUCAGCAUUCUAACUCCCCCUUGUGAUAGUUUGGCGCAAUGACAGAAUUAUGCAAUUGACCACAAACUGUCCCGGCAUAAGCUCAAUGUUUUUUUUUAUUGAGGAACCAGUGCAUUGCAGUCGGACAUCAGAUUACAAUAUUGUAUUGAUGCGGUCACUGACAUGUUAAAUAUUUAUGUAUAGUGGCUUGGAACAUGGCCUUUAUUAGUUAAAUAAGCUACAUUACCAGGAGCAAAAGCUUGCAUCCACAGUCCACACUGGCCAUCACAGGGUUAAGAUGGCGCUUCCCAGUCUGUAUAUAGUGCAUUCGGAAAGUAGUCAGACCCCUUGACUUUUUCCACAUUUUGUUACGUUACUAUCUUAUUCUAAAAUGGAUGAAAUUGUUUUUUUCCCUCAUCAAUCUACACACCCCAUAAUGACAAAGUAAAAACAGGUUUUUAUAAAUUUUUACAAAUGUAUUAAAAAUUACAAAAUUAAAGAAACAUCCUCUCACUGUCAACUGCAUUUAUUUUCAGCAAACUUAACGUGUAAAUAUUUGUUUGAAAAUAACAAGAUUCAACAACUGAGACAUAAACUGAAGAAGUUCCACAGACAUGUGGAUUAAUGCGUCCCUGAACAAAGGGGGGGUCAAAAUCAAAAGUAACAGUCAGUAUCUGCUGUGACCACCAGCUGCAUUAAGUACUGCAGUGCAUCUCCUCCUCAUGGACUGCACCAGAUUUGCCAGUUCUUGCUGUGAGAUGUUACCCUGCUCUUCCACUAAGGCACCUGCAAGUUCCCGGACAUUUCUGGGGGGAAUGGCCCUAGCCCUCACCCUCCGAUCCAACAGGUCCCAGACGUGCUCAAUGGGAUUGAGAUCCGGGCUCUUCGCUGGCCAUGGCAGAACAUUGACAUUCCUGUCUUGCAAGAAAUCACGCACAGAACGAGCAGUAUGGCUGGUGACAUUGUCAUGCUGGAGGGUCAUGUCAGGAUGAGCCUGUAGGAAGGGUACCACAUGAGGGAGGAGGAUGUCUUCCCUGUAACGCACAGCGUUGAGAUUGCCUGCAAUGACAACAAGCUCAGUCCGAUGAUGCCGUGACGCACCGCCCCAGACCAUGACGGACCCUCCACCUCCAAAUCGAUCCCACUCCAGAGUACAGGCCUCGGUGUAACGCUCAUUCCUUCGACGAUAAACGCAAAUCCGACCAUCACCCCUGGUGAGACAAAACCUCGACUCGUCAGUGAAGAGCACUUUUUGCCAGUCCUGUCUGGUCCAGCGACGGUGGGUUUGUGCCCAUAGGCGACAUUGUUGCCGGUGAUGUCUGGUGAGGACCUGCCUUACAACAGGCCUACAAGCCCUCAGUCCAGCCUCUCUCAGCCUAUUGCGGACAGUCUGAGCACUGAUGGAGGGAUUGUGUGUUCCUGGUGUAACUCAGGCAGUUGUUGUUGCCAUCCUGUACCUGUCCCGCAAGUGUGAUGUUCAGAUGUACCGAUCCUGUGCAGGUGUUGUUACACUUGGUCUGCCACUGUGAGGAUGAUCAGCUGUCCGUCCUGUCUCUCUGUAGCGCUGUUUUAGGCGUCUCACGGUACGGACAUUGCAAUUUAUUGCCCUGGCCACAUCUGCAGUCCUCAGGCCUCCUUGCAGCAUGCCUAAGGCACAUUCACGCAGAUGAGCAGGGACCCUGGGCAUCUUUCUUUUGGUGUUUUUCAGAGUCAAUAGUUUUCAUAACUGUGAUCUUAAUUGCCUACCGUCUGUAAGCUGUUAGUGUCUUAACGACCGUUCCACAGGUGCAUGUUCAUUAAUUGUUCAUGGUUCAUUGAACAAGCAUGGGAAACAGUGUUUAAACCCUUAACAAUUAAGAUCUGUGAAGUUAUUUGGAUUUUUACAAAUUAUCUUUGAAAUACAGAGUUUAUGACAUUUACAUAAGUAUUCAGACCCUUUACUCAGUACUUUGUUGAAGCAUCUUUGGCAGCGAUUACAGCCUUGAGUCUUCUUGGGUAUAACGCAAACAAGCUUGGCACAUCUGUAUUUGGGGAGUUUCUCCCAUUCUUCUCUGCAGAUCCUCUUAAGCUCUGUCAGGUUGAGUGGGGAGCGUCGCUGCACAGCUAUUUUCAGAUCUAUCCAGAGAUGUUAGAUCGGGUUCAAGUCCGGGCUUUGGCUGGGACACUCAAGGACAUUCAGAGACUUGUCCCGAAGCCACUCCUGCGUUGUCUUUGCUGUGUGCUUAGGGUCGUAGUCUUGUUGGAAGGUGAACCUUCGCCCCAGUCUGAGGUUCUGAGCGCUCUGGAGUAGGUUUUCAUCAAGGAUCUCUCUGUACUUUGCUCCGUUUAUCUUUCCUUCGAUCCUGACUAGUCUUCAAGUCAGUGCCGCUGAAAAACAUCCCCACUGCAUGAUGCUGCCACCACCAUGCUUCACCAUAAGGAUGGUGCCAGGUUUCCUCCAGAUGUGACACUUGGCAUUGGUUUCAUCAGACCAGAGAAUCUUGUUUUUCAUGUCUGAGUCCUUUAGAUGCCUUUUGGAAAACUCCAAGCGGACUGUCAUGUGCCUUUUACUGAGGGGUGGCUUCCGUCUGGCCACUCUACUAUAAAGGCCUGAUUGGUGGAGUGCUGUGGAUAUUUUUUGGUAGCCUUCCCCAGAUCUGUGCCUCGACAGAAUCCUGUCUCGGAGCUCUACGGACAAUUCCUUUGACCUCAUGGCUUGGUUUUUGCUCUGACAUGCACUGUCAACUGUGGGACCUUAUAUAGACAGGUGUGUGCUUUUCCAAAUCAUGUCCAAUCAAUUGAAUUUACCACAGGUGGAUUCCAAGUUGCAAAAAUCUCAAGGAUAAUCAAUGGGAACAGGAUGCACCUGAGCUCAAAGUCUCAUAGCAAAGGGUCUGAAUAGUUAUGUAAAUAAGGUAUUUUUAUUUUUUAUUUUUAAUACAUUUUCAACCAUUUUUAAAAACCUGUUUUCACUUUGUUAUUAUUGGGUAUUGUGUGUAGAUUGAUGAGAAAAAAAUAAUAUUGAAUCAAUUUUAGAAUAACGUAAACAUAAAAAAAUAAUGUGGAAAAAGUCAAGGCGUCUGAAUACUUUUCGAAUGCACUGUAAAUGCUUUGCUAUCUGUAGUUGCAAGUGAGCUGUUGUUGAUUUAACCCUCGGUGUGCCUGUCUGUCUAGCUGGUGGACAUGCAGUGGAAGCUGGGCAUGGCGGUGAGCUCGGACACCUGUCGCUCUCUCAACUCCCCCUAUGUCUCCCUCCUGCUGAAGAUCGCAGACACCUCUGGACAGAUCUCCCAACGGUCCUUUGAAAUGACCAUUGCACAAUUCCAGGUCAGUUUAUUCUUAAUCUAAAAGCUAUGGAUGAGUGAUGUUAGAGAUGAUUGAAGGGUUUGUUUAUAUGGUGCUACUGUACAACUGUCCUUUAUUCUUAAGUAAAAUACCUUAGCCAGUUUACCUCUGAAUGUUGGACUAACUCGGUUGAGUUACUGCUGUAAGUAGCACUACCCCCCCCCCCCCCCCCCCCCCCACACACACACACACACACACACACACACACACACACACACACACACACACACACACACACACACUGCUUUAGGAUCCUGCUCUGUUGGUAACCCAGCCUGUCGUGUGUGUAUGUAUGUACAGGUAUGUUUGUGUGCGUGUGACAUUGCGUCAGAAAAAAAAUGAAGAACAAAUUACGAUCUAUUCUAUUUACUGACAGACUUUUCCUACUCUCUUUGCAGAACUUCUACAGUCAAUUCAAGGAGGUGGCAGCUGUUUUGGAAACAGUAUGACGCUCUGGGGCCCAGAAACCGCUCCUUGAUGAGAAUGCCCUGGCCUGUAUUGACAGUUGACAGUAUUGGUAAUGUUUACGCUCAAAGCAUUUGUGUCCACGAAUGCUGAAUUCUCGCAAAUGUAUUAAUAAGCCAUGCAUUAACAUUAAUACUUCAACACCUAAAAUUAGUUUACUCAAAAUACUAAUAAUUAUGGAUAUUGAUGAAUAAUCAUGCAUAUUACAAGUAGUGUAAUCUAUAAGCGUGAAGUAGGCCUAGUUCAGAUUUCGCUGCCCUCCUUGUAUAGAUGCCCAGAAAAUAUACUUUGGCUCUUUUGAUGAAAGAAGUGCAACACUGAUUGUACAGUAUAUUCACAAUGACGUGAAUAAUUCAUUGACAUUUUUACAAUAUGGUACAAUAUUUUGCACUGCAAGACUAUCACCAUUUAUGACCCUGGUUCAGCACUGUUGAUAUGUAGACAGACAUACAGUACCAGUCAAAA